AUGGACUUCAACAGCACUGAGUCGUGGCUUUUGAUCAAUACUUCAUUUCCCACACUGCCUGUAAUCGGUAGUGCCAGUAACAGGAGUGGCAUGGAAGCAUAUCUUCAAAGACUGGCUCAUUUAGACGAGGGGCUCUACCAUGACUUUUACGGCCUCUGGAUCGCACUGAUGGUCAUAAACUCUCUCAUUUUCAUGGUUGGUUUGGUGCUCAACAUACUCGCCCUUUACGUUUUCUGUUUCCGCACCAAGCAAAAGACCACCUCAGUGAUCUACACCAUCAACUUGGCAGUGACGGACCUCUUGGUGAAUCUCUCUCUGCCGACUCGCAUCCUGCUCUACUACAGUGGAGGGGCUUGUCUCACCUGCUCCUACCUGCAUAUCUUCAGCUACUUUGUCAACAUGUACUGCAGCAUCUUGUUUCUGACCUGCAUAUGUGUGGACCGGUACCUCGCCAUCGUGCAGGUUGAAGCUUCCCGUCGGUGGAGGAACUCCAGUGUGGCCAAAUGUGUGUGUGUGUCAGUCUGGCUGUUUGCCAUCGUGGUCACCUACUCCUUUCUUUCCACUGCCUUCCAGCACCCGGGCUGCUGCCUCUCAAAGCUCCUGUUUCUAACCAUCACUGAGUUCUUUCUACCGCUCAUCAUCAUUAUGGUCUUCACGGUGCGGAUUAUGUGGGCACUAGCUGACCGCCGCCUUAUGCAGCAGAGCAGGGAUAGGAGAAGGAGGGCUGUCCAGCUGCUGAGCACAGUGUUGAUCAUCUUCACUGUCUGCUUCACACCUUUCCACAUCCGACAGGUGGUGGUGUACUUCCACCCUGAAAUGCCUCAUCACGUGAUAGCCUACCACUUGACUGUCACCCUCAGCAGUUUGAAUAGCUGCAUGGAUCCUGUCGUCUACUGCUUUGUCACAAAUAAUUUCAAGGCUACCAUGAGAAAUAUUUUCCGCCGCGCUGAGCCAGAGCAGACUAGUGGCGACAUCAUCAGCAUGCAGCACAGCUCCAAGGCAUCAGGGGGGACGGCCAACGCCAUCACUAAUAACAUGAUCAAGAUGACCAAGAUCCCCCCUACACUGCAGAGACAAUCUGGGGAAUAA